GGUUACUACAUCAUUCACCAGUCACACAUUGAUGCCAGCACUUACAGUGCUGCAGCUGUCUGCAACAUCCUCAUGUUCUCCAAUGGUUCUCACUACACUGAUGUUGUUGUGUCCAAGACAAUGACCACCAUCUCACCAUUGUUUCAGUUCCACAGCACAGCUGUGAUGAAUUUUAUUAGCACAGAUGGCAUUUUUUGUGCAUACCCUGGCUUG